AUGGCGGGCACUAGCUCUCCAGAUUAUAAGGCCCUGUUCUUGCAGGAAGAGCAACGGCGAAAGCAAGAAGAGCAACUGCGAAAGCAAGAAGAGCAACGGCGAAAGCAAGAAGAGCAACGGCGAAAGCAAGCGGAAGGUCACAUCCAACCUACGACCUUCCACGAAUUUAUUCGCUCCUGUCACGGUCUCUUCUCAAGCUCUUUGAGCGUCCAAACCCCGGCUCUAUCUACCAAAGGAACAAUACGACCCCCAGCUGGGAAAUACUGUCCAACGCGACUUCGCGUAUGGGAGGACUGCCCAGCCAGACAACAAGCCAUCUACGACGCGGUUUGUGGCUACCUGCAGCCGACAGGGCAAGAUGCGCCGCGAUUAUUUCGUCCAUUAAGCGCGCUGGAAGAUCUUAGUCAACGAUUCAGUCGCCGCCCGAUUAGUAGCGAGCAGGAUUUGGAGAGUUACGAACGGUUUGCCGUGGAAGAUCAUGUUCAUGAUGUGAUUUCAGAACUGUGCAAGAUACCCGAGGCCGAAGUCCAAUUCCAAUUAGGCCGUGGGGUUAUAUUUGAUAACCACGCAAAUGCACUAGAUGAUGCGGACCCUUCAGGAGACGAACUACUGAAUCCUCACCGAUUCCGGCCCGACCAGUUCUGCAUCCACCGAAAAAACAGCAAUGACACUGCCCUCCUUACUACUGUCGAGUAUAAGCCACCACAUAAGCUUUCAGUCGAAAAUCUACGAGCAGGACUUCAAACAAUGGAUUUCAGGGAGAUAGUGGUGGAGACGGAUACCACUCUACUAGAUAAUGCAGAGAAGCUGACACAUAAUGCAAAGCAACUAGUGGGAUCAGUACUAGCCCAGGAAUACCAUGUAAUGAUCCAAGAGGGACUUGAGUUCUCUUAUAUAACAAAUGGUCUGGCUCAGGUCCUUCUCCAUGUUCCCCAUGAUGAUCCAAGCACGCUCUACUAUUAUCUCUGCGAGCCUAGUAUGGAUGGGACUGUGGAGGACAACGAGAGCUUCCAGCAACCAUUCACUGCGAUUGCAAGGGUGUUAUGCCUUUGCUUGAUGAGUUUUGGUUCAAGGGUGCGCGACCACGGGUGGCGAAACCGUGCCCAAGCUAGUUUACAUAUAUGGAACACUAGUUUUGACCACAUUCGUGCCCAGAUUCCUGAUGAGGAACUCCGACAGACACCUCCAAAUUCUGGAUAUACAGGCUCACCGGCUACGAGCUCCGAUCAUAGUGGUUCCGAGUAUCUGCCCUCAUCGCCUCUCGAUUCUCCUUCAGGAAAGGCUCGUCGAAUGCCAACUCGGUCUCAGCCAGGCUGUUCGCCCCCGGACACAAUCAACCGUUCUAAAAGGAGUGACUCCCCAGACUCCGAUCCAAAUCCAGGAUCACUGGUGCGGAAGCGAGGCUUUAGCCAGGUUACGUCAUCUCCUCCGACUCAACACUCAGCACGCCAAACUAGUCAUGAUAAUAAUGGCAGCGGCCAGUAUCAGCAACAUAUGCUGCCAUUUUGCACGCAACAUUGUUUGCUUGGUCUCCAACAAAAUAGCACCUUAGAUGCUGCCUGCCCUAAUAUUGCCCUGCACCAACACGGGCAUACUGGCAACCGACACCCUAUCGACGCUAAGCGUCUGGUUGAACUCCUCAAGCAGCAGCUGGAUGAAGACCUUGACCAUAAUUGUACACCUUUUGGUAACUGCGGGGCUUAUGGGGCGCCAUUCAAGAUUACCUGCGCUACAUUUGGCUAUACUGUGGUUGGGAAGGGAACUACAACCCAUCUCUGGAAGGAGGUCUCCCGUGAAGCGGAAAUCUACCAUAUCCUUCAAAAAGCCCAGGCAUCUGCAGUUCCUGUUUUUCUUGGGACAAUUGAUUUGGCCAAUAUUUACUUCCUACACGGUGCUGGAAAGAUUCGCCACAUGCUACUCAUGGCCUGGGGUGGUGAGAGUAUUAGCAAACUAAGUCAACAACCAGCAUUGCGCCAUGAGAUUUCGAGAUCCAAUAAAGAAAUCCGUGCUUUAGGAGUUAGGCAUCAAGACCUCCGACCCGAUAAUAUUCUUUGGAACGAUGAGCUGGAGCGAGUCUUGAUCAUUGACUGGCAUCGCUCCACCCUGGAUCCUCGACCGAUAAAGGAGCGCAUGGCUAGCCUCAAGAAAUCACUGCGCAGAACUGAAGAGCAAGAUCAAAAGCGACCUCGUGUGAUAUGA